AUGCUAAGUAUUGCCGAAAACAUCCGGCGCCUUGUCAAGCAUCAUGGGAUCAAGUUGUCCGAUCAGAGUCAACAUGCUGAGCUGGAAGCUAUUAUCGAUGAGAUGAAGUCUGUCAUCUCCGGAUCGGAUGGAGAUGACAUUCGCGAUGGACAACAGUACAAUACGAAGACACCAAAUUUCGUGGAAACAAGACAGGAAGAGGACUCUGUUUUUCGCGGACCCGUUGGUGUCCAUUUCGACCAAGCGCCGUAUCUGUCCCAAGAACUAUUCGUCGGCCGUGGCUCUGAGCUUGAUGAAAUGGCUAAAGUCUUGCACCCUACCCAUGAGCCCCAAAAGCGAAGAACUUUAGUGCUCGGUGGGAUACGCGGUAUAGGCAAAAGUCAGCUUGCCUUCGCUUAUGCACUGUCGCGAUCUAAAUCUUGUAGCUCGGUGUUAUGGCUGGAUGCAACGUCUGAGGCCACAUUGAAUAACAGUUUUCGUCGGGUUGCCAUCCUGAUCUUCGAUCAAAAUUCCACCGUCUUGGAUGACAAGAGAAUAGUUGAGGGUGUACAUCGUUGGUUAUCUGAUCCGAAAAAUACCCGAUGGCUUUUGAUUUUUGAUGGCUAUGACGAACAGUUCACCAUCAGCGACUAUUAUCCCCCUAAAUCUCACGGGGCUAUUAUAGUCACUACUCGACAGCCAGACCUGGUUCCUAGUAGUACCCACAUCCUUCAUAUCAAAGCUUUCCACAACAUUAAGGAUAGCCUCGCGGUGUUACAAACCCGCUCGAAGCGGCAGAACACUACAACAGAAGCCAACUCGGAGUACCAGGAGGAGUACCAAAGCGACAUAUCGAACCCACCAUCUGUUUUUUCUGUACAGAGUUUGCUAUCAAGUGCUCUAACAACAGAUACCCACUUCAGUGCCAAUGAACUCAGCACCGCACUCGAUGAACUCGUUGGCAUAUUUAUGGACGACAUAGAAUUGGCACCACUGUAUUCAGAAGCCAUUGUCGCGAGGCGUAUCACCUUGGCACGUUUCGUGCGAAACUUCAGACGACUUCUCAAGGGCUUUGCGGUGGAUUUGAAAGAAGAAUCACAGGAAGCAGUUUAUAUUGAUCUUGCUAAUUUCAUCUCGUCUCGAGCUGGCCUCAUAUCCGAUAAAAUGGGAAGAAAUCUUGAACAGAAGUUCUCACAACCAGGCAACACAUCUAUACGUUUACAGGACACACAGGCGAAAGGCGAAUUCCAAUAUUCUCUGGACAAAGAAUUGCAUAAUGAGAGCAGUGAUGAUGAGGACGGGCAUGAGCCGGAGCGAGCCUUGGAUGAAAAGUUCGCCGCGUUGGUAUCCCAUGGCCGCGGCUUCAUUGAAGCAAGCACUGCCCUGCAUAAGCUACGCGAGGGAUUCAAGGAAUUCGUUAUACCAACAAUAAAGAACAAAGAGCCUGGGGCUAAGCACUUUCAUAAAGCUCAAUCUUGGCUUCACAAAUGGACCUAUUUCAGGGCUCUAGGCGGGCUCAGGUAUGAGGCGCAACGGCUGAUGAAAGUUCUUCAAUUCUUCAAAUGGCUCCUCUCUGAAAUUGAAUUGCUGGAGAAAGCUGUUCCCGAAAAUCAUCAGCGAUUCAGGUGGACGAAUCUCUAUGAUGACUACGUUGAACACAAGCCCGGCGCACUCAAAAAGCUGCAAGACUAUUUGACUUCAACCACAGUUCCAGCCGAUCCAAGGAACGUCAGCCCUACCAACAGUCAAGGACAGCCUUCUCGCGCUGCGUCCAUGUACACCCCCAGCCCCAGUUCUCUCUCCAUAGGCGUAUCUACUUCCAACGACACCACAAUUCAACCAACACAUCCUGCCAGCAAUAUCCGUACUGGAAUCACUCAAAAUACCAGCCCAGGCGGAUCAUCAGCUGGUCCACUCCUGCUUCUCUCCUGCAUAGAAAGAAGGGGCCACCCCGUCGAACUAUACCAAGAGGUUGUCACCAACAUCACAGAUGACCGAGAACUUUUCCAUUCAUUAAACAGAGCAUACCAUAGUCGCAGGACCAAGUUCAAAUCAUUCUGGUCAUUGCGGACACUGCACGGCAUCCAUUUCAUGAAGCAAAGAAUACGCAUGCUCGCCGACCCCCUCCGACCUCUCACCACCAAUUGGCCCCAAAGCAAUGAUGGACUUUUUAAAAGAUUAAAAGACCCCGAUAGCCGAGUCGCAGGCGCAGACUGGAUUCUGCAGCAACUGCCGAAAAAGAUGGGGGCACAACUGGAUCUAAAUAAAGCGGAUAUGUCACAGGCGUGGGGGAUCUUUUACCGGGAGGAUUGGGAUUGGAUGCGCAUUUGGAUUGUGCUGGGCAUUGCUUUUUUCCCACCGAGUCUGUUGUUUGGGAUUCUGUGGGGGAUUCUGAGGCAGGAUAUUCAGGGGGCUUUUGGGGUGGCUAGUUGGUGGAUGGCGGGGGCGACUAUUGCGAUUGGGAUUGUUGGGACUUGUACUUAG